GCCGUGAGGACUCCGCCCACCCAACGCGCGUCACCCUCGUGCUCGCGCCCGCGACUCGUAAGCGCAGGCUCAUAGGGGCCACGCAGCCGCCAUUGCUUCCCCAGCUGCCGAGCGAAGCCGCGUGGUAGUAGAAGUCUGCGGAGCACAGGGAAGGCACCCACCCUGGAGCCAUGGUCUACGCCUUUCUCAUCCACACCUUGAGGGCCCCACAGGCUGAGGACACAGGCCUUUGCCGGGUACUCUACUCCUGCGUCUUUGGUGCUGAAAAUUCGCCUGAUGAUCCACGACCACAUGGUGCUGAGAGGGACAGACUCCUCCGCAAGGAGCAGAUUUUGGCCGUGGCCAGGCAGGUGGAGUCCAUGUGCCGGCUACAGCAGCAGGCAUCUGGCAGGCCCCUCACAGACCUGCUGCCCCAGUCCUCAGAUGAGCCGGUACCCCUGCACGAGGCCCCACAAGGGGCCUUCCGCCUGGCGGCAGGGGACCCUUUCCAGGAGCCUCGGACGGUGGUGUGGCUGGGUGUGCUCUCAUUAGGUUUUGUGCUGGUGCUGGAUGCCCACGAGAACCUGCUGCUGGCCGAGGGCACACUCCGGCUGCUGGCACGCCUUCUCUUCGACCAUCUCCGGCUGCUGGUCCCUGGCUCCAAUCUCCUGCUGCGGGCUGACCGAAUUGAGGGCAUCCUGGCCCGCUUCCUGCCCCAUGGGCAGCUGCUCUUCCUCAACGAUCAGUUUGUCCAGGGUCUGGAGAAGGAAUUCAGUGCUGCCUAUCCCCGCUGACCCCUCACUGAAUGGGACUUUUCAAGAGGGCAAGAAGGAAGGACAAAGAUGUUUAGACACCCAGCCAGGUAAAACUAGGCAUCCUCCUUCUACCCAGCCUCCUUCCUGCUCUGGUGUGCUGCCGUACCCAGAACAAGUGGACAGGACAAGGUGGAGGGGAGGAAUCAUAGAACAUUCUGUGCUUGGAGCUGCCACAUGACUUACGCAGACGGCUACAGUGAUCUUGCCCUGCUCAUUCCUGAUCUCACUUUCUCCCAUUUCCACCAGCCAGCCCCAUGGAGUCCACCAGCCCCAUGGAGUCCACCAGCCCCCUAGUGCUGGGGUGGUGAGGAGCAGCUACCUGGAACUCGGCCCACCUUUUUCUUCCAAAUGAACAGUCAUCACAGGACAAAAGGAGUCUGAGACUCAGCUCCACCACAGUUCACAAAUAUAUCAGUUGUUCAAGGGGAUUCUGUAGAUCUUUUGGGGCUAGCCCAUGCCCACCGGGCAGCCUCAAAAUAAUCAUGGGCUUUUCUGUUUGUAGGGAGAGAAGGUGCCAUCAGAUGGGUGUAACAGUUUUGGCCUGGAUGAUGUUGUCUUUCUCACUUUGAAUUAAAAGCACCAACUAUGAUGUCACUGAUCCCUGUGGGUUAGGGACCCAAAAUCAUUGUUGUUCUGUUCAGUGUUGCUUGGCGCCAAUAGAACAAAACUGUUUGAUAAAGCGGAUCAGAAAGUUUAUUCUUUGGUGAAGGAAUUGAGGAGGACAAGUUGUGCCCAAAAGAUACUUUUCCCCUCAAUUCUGUGGAGUUAGGAAAGCCCUAAAGGGUUUGGGGGGAAAUUAGGCAGGCUCAGGGGCAGAGAUUCCCUAGGGAUGGUGGAGGGUUCUCAGAUUCCCCAGGUAGCACGUGUAGCCCCAAACAUGCUUAAAACAUGCCUAGCCAUACAUUUCAUGUCUCAUUUUAUUUUUAAAAAUAUUUUAAAAAGGAUUUUAUUUAUUUUUUUGGAGAGGGGAGGGAAGGGAGAAAGAGAGGGAGAGAAACAGCAAUGUGUGGUUGCCUCUUGUGCACCCCCUACUGGAGACCUGGCCCACAACCCAAGCAUGUGCCCUGACUGGGAAUCAAACCAGAGAUCCUUUGAUUUGCAGGCCAGCACUCAACCACUGAGCCACACCAGCCAGGGCUAAUAUUUAUUUAUAUUUAGAGAGAGGGGAAGGGAGAGAAAAAGAGAGGAAGAGAAACAUUGAUCAGGUGCUUCCCACAUGCACCCAGAAAGGACUGAACCCACAAUUCAGGUAUGUGCCCCAACCUCAAAUCGAACCAGUGACAUUUUACUCUGCAGAACGAUGCCCAACCACUGAGCCACACCAGUCAGGGCUCAUAUCUCAUUUUAGAUUUUAUUUCUUUCUUCAUUUUUCAGAGAGAGGAAGGGAGGGAGAAAGAGGGAGAGAAACAUCCAUUGGUUACCUCUUGCACGCCCCCAGCUAGCGACCUGGCCUGCAAUUCAGGCGUGUGCCUUGACCAGGAAUCAAACCUGUGACCUUUCAGUUUGCAGGCUGGAGCCACACCAGCUGGGGCCACAUGUCUCAUUUUAAUGUUAAGUCUCCAUCCCUAGGCAUGAUUUUUCGCAUGCUAUUGAAGGAAAGUUUGUCAAAGGUCACUUGGGGAGGGGUUUCAGACACCAUCUGGGAUCUUUCUGGUGCAAACCAGUUCCUUAAUUGUGGUCCUCGGGUUCCUUGUCUGGGUCCUGGCUCUUGGCUUAGCCAGCCUCCUUGGAAUUUCUCUCUUCUCAUGAUGUGUUCAUCCUGCUGUGUGUGAGGAGAUGCUGGGGAGAAUACAA